CGUAUCAUUACAUUUCUAUAUUUAUUGAUUGUUCAAUGAUUUUUUAAAUUUAUAUUCGAGCGAGAUUUAUGUAAGGUUUGGAUUGUUUUAUACGUGUUGGACCCUUUUCCAGUAUAAUGAUGCAAUGAAUUUGAUAUGAUAUCGUAUACCUCCAUAGACGAAGACUUGUAAAGAAUAUAUAUUGCUUAUUGAAUUUACUAGGGUGGAGGAGUUGAAAUGCUGAAUUUUAUUAUUUUGUAAAUUUCAAAGAGGAUCUUACUUAAACUGGAAUUCAAGGUUUUCAAUCGGAGAUAACGUAGCUCCAGUAUUUAGGUGAUAUUUAUCGAAUAUGAAGUGCAUGGUACGGUUUCUGGGUCUGCAGGUGGUGGACUAUAGGAAAGAUGACAGAGAGUUAGGGUUCAGGGUUCCUCAUAUUUGUUAAGCAGGAUCAGGAUUGAGAACAAAUUAGUAGACAAUUAUUUUCAUAUCUUACAAAUUGAAGAAUGUGUUGAAGUUCAUAAGUUUAAAUACUUCUAAUCAAUAGUUAAUAUGAAAAAUUGAGAUAUUUUGGUUUGUUUUACACGAGUCAUGUAUGCUUUCUAGACCGUAUUACUGGUUAUACUGUCAGUCUGUCACAGAGUUGAGCUGAAAUGAAUUGCGGUCAGGAAAUUAUUACUAUUAGAGUUGGAGCAACAAUCGGAGCUGGAGUUUAUAUUCUUGUCGGAACAGUUGCUAAAGGGCAAACAGGGCCUGCUAUAACAAUAUCAUUCCUCAUCGCUGGAAUAGCUGCUGGGCUUUCAGCAUUGUGUUAUGCAGAACUCGCCUGUCGUUGUCCAUCUGCUGGGAGUGCAUAUCACUAUUCGUACUUAUGUGUUGGAGAAGGUGUUGCUUGGUUGAUUGGUUGGUCUCUGAUAUUGGAAUAUACACUUGGUGGAGCAGCCGUUGCUCGUGGCAUUUCCCCAAAUAUGGCUUUGUUUUUUGGAGGUCAAGAUAGGCUGCCUGCUUUCUUAGCUCGUCAUACUAUUUUUGGAAUAGUAGUUGAUCCUUGUGCCGCUGUUUUGGUCUUCAUUAUAACUGGACUAUUGUGCACUGGAAUCAAAGAGAGUUCACUGGCACAAGGCAUAAUUACAACUGUAAAUGUUGUAGCCUUGCUUUUUGUCAUAGUAGCCGGUGGAUAUGUAGGUUUCAAGACUCAAUGGGUUGGAUAUCAAGUUGCUGGCGGGUAUUUCCCUUUUGGAGCUAAUGGAGUACUUGCUGGGUCUGCAACAGUUUUUUUCUCCUACGUCGGUUUUGAUGCGGUAACUAGCACAGCUGAAGAGGUGAAGAAUCCUCAGAGAGAUUUACCUAUUGGUAUUGGGGUGUCAUUGUUUACAUGCUGUGUUUUGUAUAUGCUUGUAUCUGCUGUUGUGAUUGGCUUGGUUCCGUGUUCCGCGUUAGACCCAGACACCCCUAUCGCCUCGGCAUUUGCUAGUUAUGGGAUGAAUUGGGCAGUAUACAUUAUAACAAUUGGAGCUGUUACUGCUCUCUGUGCUGCUUUAAUCGGUGGAAUCCUUCCUCAGCCACGGAUCUUGAUGGCAAUGGCCAGGGAUGGUUUACUACCAUCUUUCUUUUCAGAUAUAAAUAAGCACACUCAUGUUCCAGUCAAGAGUACAAUUGCAACCGGAAUCUUUAUUGCAUGCCUGGCAUUUUCUAUGAAUGUUGACCAAUUAGCAGGCAUGGUUAGUGUGGGUACGUUGUUGGCAUUUACCGCUGUUGCAGUUUCAAUAUUAAUACUCAGAUAUACUCCUCCAGAUUUCAACCUCCUGCAAUCACCACCCCCAGAAUCGAUUGAUGUAGUCUCCUCAGAAUUCAAUAAUUAUAUUACAGAUAUUAACAGAGAAAAUCCUAUAGAUGUUGGGAGCGGCUAUCAUACUCAAAAAGUACAUGAAGCAAGAAGACGGAAAAUCGCUGCUUGGAACAUAGCUCUUGUUUGUGCAGGAGUACUUGUGCUUGCAUCUGCUGCUUCAGCGAAAAACAUUCCCACUGUUCCUCGCUUCACCUUGUGUGGGAUAGGAGGUGUUGCUCUGCUCUGUGGUCUGGCUGUCUUGGCCUGCAUCGAUCAGGAUGAUGCUAGACUCACCUUUGGAGAAACUGGAGGUUUCCUCUGCCCCUUUGUGCCUUUCCUGCCUGUUGCAUGUAUUCUUGUCAACACCUACCUUCUUAUUAAUCUUGGAAGUGGUACAUGGAUCCGAGUUUCGGUUUGGUUGGCGAUUGGCGUAUUGGUGUAUGUAUUCUAUGGAAGGAAACACAGCUUACUAAUAGAUGCUGUGUACAUGCCAAUUGUGCUUGAAAAUGAACAUGAAAUUGAUGAUACAAUUUCGUAGCAUUUUUGUACUUGUUCCAUCAUACUUCUUUCUUCUUGGUAUUGUUGUAAGCUAUGUGAAUAUAAUCUAUUAUUAUUCUACUUUGUGCAUUGAAAUCAGUUCUGUGUUUACAAGUAAGAUCCCACAUCUGUAGAGGAA